ACUCAUACUCAUACUCAUACUCAUACAGUCAUAUUCUUCCUGCAUGGCCGAUCGAGGAAUGUGACCACCUGAGACCUGACAAACCAGUCAAACACCUGAUAAACAAUCACGAAACCGGGAAAUUUUAAAAACGAGUGCCACUGAUCAUUGAUCAACUCAGAAUUCUCUCUCUUCAACUGAUCAUCAACUCCAUUUUCACUAAAACUCAAACAUUCAUCAUUUUCCUCCAUCUUCUGGUUUACGAAGACAAAUUUGUUAACUGCAGAAAGUUCUGGAUCCUUCAUUCUACUCCCAAAAUUGCCUAUUAUCUCCAUUUGAAAUUCUUCAUCACUCUCAAACCCUAGCUCUGCUCUUCUAUCGAUUUCUCUGCUACUCUCCUACUCUGCUGCAGCAAAGAUGGUAGAUUCAGAGAAGGAUGGUUCUUCGACUGGGGAAACAAAAACAAAAAUGUCACUGCUAGAUGAUGACUUCUCCAAAGACUUUCUUAGCUCUUGGAAGUCUAUGUCUUCUAAAGGUGGUGAUGAUAUGGACUUCAACUUUGAGCCAGUCAGCAAAGGCAAGAAAAAGGCAUUUGACUUUGGCAUGGAUAUGGAUUUUUCUCUUGAUGACGCGUUUGGGAAGAUGUCAUCUUUCAAGAUAGAUAUGCCAGAUCUUGAUUUUUCUAGCUCUCCGAAAAAAUCCACUAAGUCAAAGGAGAAGUCAGAAGAGGAUUUUGUCAAGGGAGACCAUCAAGACAAGCAUGAAAAGUUCAUGUUUUCCUUCGAUUUUAAUGGAAUGGAUGACUUCAGCUUAGACGCCCCAUCAAGUAAAGGAGGAAAGAGCCCCAGCAACAUGAAAAAGAGCAAUGAAGAUGGCUCCGAGUGUGAAGACUUGCCCAGAGAAGUGACAAAUGACAAGAUAGUAACAACUGAAGAUUCCAUAAGCAAGGGACCUCCAGUAUGUGAAAACGCAGCCUUUCCAGAAACUGAAGAUUUUGUGGCAGGUGAUGGAAAUCCUGAUACCCCAUCUGGCAAUUUUGCUUCAAAAUCGAGAGAGUUGACAUAUCCAGAACAAAAAGAAGAGACUGAGAUUUCGUCUGAUAAGAAACUCGCUGAGAAUACCCACGAAACAGACCAUCAGACUUAUCAGGAAGGGGACUUUUCUUCAAAGAAAUCUUGCUCUCCAGGAAAAGAAAAUAACACCGAUCCAAUUCCUGUAAACAAACCUGUACAAUCAGUUGGCUCACAGAUGCCAGUGGAAUCAGCAGAAGUGUACAUGUCUCCAGGGAUAGAACUGACAAUGACUGCUAUGAGCACAGAUGACGCAUUUCAGCUAAAGGAAGAGACCACUUCCAAGCAAACAUAUACCUACUCAAAAGAAAUGGAUGUCUCCACAGACAUUCCCUUGGUAGAAGCUUCAACUGAAGUUAAUGUUUCAGAAGAGAUGCAAAUUAGUUCUUCGGACAGGAGCCUAAAUGAUGGAUCAUCUGAAGGUGGGAUUGUUGGAGAAAUUGCAGCUGCAGUUGUUUUGACCUCACACACCGAAAAACCAGCACUAGACAAGUCAUCACAGCAAGGGUCAAUGGACAAAAUGAACAUUUGUGAUGAGAAGAUUGAGCUUGAGGAUGGUGGUAGUAACGCAAAUCCGUUGUCUUCUAGUGCCAAAUCUAGUAGUGAAAUGCAAAAGCCACCUUUGAAGGUUUUUUCAGCACCAUUUGGCAGUGGACCCACCGCUGCAAAACCAAUGCUACUGAGGGACAAAGUUCCAGGAGCUAUGAACUCAAGCUUACCUGUCAUACAAGUGACAAGCGGUGGAGGUAGGACAGAAGUUUCGGCUUUUGAGGAUAAUGUAAAAGGUUCAACUGAUGUUGGCGCUGUAGACAAGAGUAGUUAUGGCAGCAGAAAAUAUAAUGGAAACAAACUAUCUGACAACCCAAGCUCAUGUACCAAAGGAUUGAUUGCACAAAAUUCAGUUUUAGAGAAAAGUGAGAAGAAUUCUGUUGAUGGAACUGCUUCAAGGGACCAUGACGGCACUGUUAAUGGGAAAUACAGAAAUGAGGUCAAAGUUGACAAUGUGCCACAUAGUGGAAAAGCAGCAAAGGAUGGACUUACUUCAUUGGAAUGCGAGAAGAUGAUCGAUAAUGUCAAAUCAUCUGGAUGUAAAAUUCCUUCACCAGCCCCUCCAGAACAGAGAACUAACACUGGCAACCAGGGUCCAGGGAAAGACAAGAUUCCAAACAUAGCAUCUAUUCAGAAAUUUAAUAUUGGUCAGGGCCAUAAAUUUUCUUCUCUAAGAAUUGACAAAAAAGUGACUGCUCUUCCAAGCUUGAAAAUCACAAGAAGUACUACUACAAACAAGCAUCCAGCUUCUCCAACUAUUAAAGCAAAUUUCAGAUCUCUGGGAAAUUUUGAGAAAACCACAAAGCUUAAAACCAUGAUCAAGACGGUCUCCCCAGUUUCUUCUGCAGAGAAGAAAACACCUUCAACUCCAUCUUUGAAGCGCAAACCAUCUGAGGCUACUGAUACCAGUCUAGCAAAGCUUCGAACACCAAAACGUGUCUCACCUAGUGAAAGCAGAGUGCCUAAAGUAUCAGCUAGAGAACUUGAAGAUGGGGUUCAAACACAAUGCACCCUAUUGCAAGGAAGCAGAAAGAAUGUCACAGAAGAGUGUAUGACCUCUAAAUUUAAUUUCGAUCAAGAGGCAAACAUGGAGGCCCUGCAAUUCAGUUUGAUGAUGGACAAUGAUGAAAAUGUUGAAAAGGCUGAGGCUUGUGCAAAAGAGCUUGACAAUAUCUGCAACAUGUUGAAGAAGAAGCAUGAAGAAGCAAAGGAAUUAUUGGUCCGAGCUCUUGUGAACAACAACAAGCUUCUGAUGCUAAACCACCCCAUAUAUGAAGAUAAAAUCCGUGCAGUUCAGAGGUUUGCAUCCAAAUUGAUAUCCAAAGAGCUGGAAGUUGAGGCAUAAAAUAACUAGUCACACUGAUCACUGGAAGGUCAACCUCUCACUCUUCAUUACUUGCACAUGCAUACACAUACAAGGUGUUACAGUGCUCUUUUGAUUAGAGCAAUUAUCUGGGAGCUGUGAUUUUCAGGAUUAUGUGAAUGCUAUACCCUUCUGAGGGGAUGAAAAUAUGCUGCUGUUGUUUUCUUCUGAUUCUCUUGAUUUGUGCACAGUACUAGAACAGAUAUAUGAACUUGUAGGAUUUUUACUGAAAGCACUAGCUAAAAUUGAUUUUGCUUUCCAGUAUGGGUUUGGGCGAGUUCCUGGUUUACCACUUACGACUGCAAUUUGGCACUAUUGCUGUACCAUGUAGCCAAAAUUCAUGAUCGGUAAAACUCAUAAAAGAAACAAUAGAUCGUCGGAUUUGGCUC